CUCUUUGCCUGAUUUCUGCUGGAAGAUUCACAGCUUUGUUCUUCUCUAGAGUCUGAUCAAGUAUUUUACAAUAAAAAUGUCCACAGCUGGAAAGGUCAUCAAAUGUAAGGCAGCAGUGGCCUGGGAGCCCAACAAGCCUCUGGUGAUUGAAGAGAUUGAAGUGGCCCCACCAGAGGCCAACGAGGUCCGCAUUAAGAUUGUAGCAACAGGACUGUGCCACACUGAGUUGUACCACCUUUACGAGGGGAUGCCUAAAGAUGGCUUCCCAACCGUCCUUGGCCAYGAAGGUGCUGGCAUUGUGGAAAGUGUCGGACCUGGAGUCACAGAGUUUCAACCAGGAGACAAGGUGAUUCCUCUUUCCAUCUCCCAGUGUAAAGAAUGUCGCUUCUGCAAGAGUCCAAAGACCAACCAGUGUGAGUUAGCAUGGAAAAGGGUUUGUCUGGAAACAAUGAAGGGAAUGGAAACCAGGUUCACCUGUAAAGGAAAAAAGAUCUUCCAGUUUAUUGGAACCAGUACCUUCUCUGAGUACACCGUCAUUAAUAAGAUCGCUGUGGCUAAGAUUGACCCUGCUGCUCCUCUGGACAAGGUCUGUCUCAUCGGCUGUGGGAUCUGCACCGGCUACGGAGCAGCAGUGAACACUGCUAAGGUGGAACCAGGCUCCACAUGUGCUGUGUUUGGUCUGGGAGCUGUGGGCUUGGCUGCAGUCAUGGGCUGCAAAGCUGCUGGAGCCAAAAGGAUCAUCGCUGUUGACAUCAAUCCAGAGAAAGCCGACAAGGCCAAAGUGCUUGGAGCCACCGACUACGUGAACCCCAAAGAUCACAACAAACCCAUCCAUGAAGUGCUGGCUGAGAUGACCAAUGGUGGAGUGGACUUCUCUGUGGAAUGUGUUGGGAGGGUGGACGUCAUGCGCAGUGCCUUGGAGUCUUGUUUGCCAGCUUGGGGUGUCUGUGUGAUCGUUGGCUGGACAAAGAAGUUUGACGUCCCCAUCAGACCACCUGACCUCAUCGCUGGACGCACUUUGAAGGGCUCCUUGUUUGGAGGGUUCAGAAGCAAAGAUGGUGUUCCUCAGAUGGUUAAAGCCUACAUGGACAAGAAGCUGCAGCUGGAUGAGUUCAUCACUCACAACAUGACUCUGGAUCAAGUCAAUGAUGCGAUUGAGCUGAUGAAGCACGGCAAAUGUGUCCGGGUUGUGAUGAGUGUUUCACCACAAUAAGACCAAAAACACUACAGUUGUUUCCAGAUUUACCACUACAUUAUGAUCAGAAAAAUGUUGAGCAUCAAGAAUUGAUUGUGCCUAUAUGAGCCAAAACCAAUGUGAUUGUGAAAUAAACCUAAUCAUUUCAGUUUCCAUGGCA